AUGGCUCCAACAACUCUGAUCACCUUUUUAGUCCGCACUCCACCUUCGACCAGAUCAGUCCAACUUUAUGGCUCCUGGGACAACUUCUCCACACCUUAUCCCAUGCAGCGGGACAGUCGUACCGGCCCCGAACAUUGGUCAGGCUGUCAUAGCUUCUCCAACAUCAUCUGUGAUGGAGAUGUCGAGGGCAACAAUACCCCUCGGGAAGGGGGACUGAAGAUGGGCGGGACGUACUGGUACUAUUAUACACUGGACGACGAGAUCGAAUUCCACAAUUCAGCUGAGCCGGCAACAACCACGUGCCCUAUGCUUCCCGGCCAGCUAAUCAACGUUCUGAACGUGCCCUUUGCGCUAAGCAGCAGCGGUCGGUCUCGAAAUGACAGUGUGAGCUCGACAAGCUCCGAGUACCGCACGAUGAAUCCUACAGACAAAUUCCUCAACCCUCGGCCAGCCCCAGCAAAGCCAGCAUUACCGCGUCUGAAGACUUCCCCAACUUUCUCACAGCUACCUUGGUCCUCUUCCAGUUCGCCAAUUAGCGCGACCUCGGUGUCUAGCAGGAGAGGAAGAUCCACCUCAUCUCGUGCACCAUCUCCGCCUGGCAGUGCCAAUAUCCUAGCGCUCGUUCGACCGAAGCCAUCUGCUCAAGAGCCUAGCAGGUCUACAUCACGCGGGAGUAACCGGUCUGUGGGCAUCAUUGGCGGUCUUCGAGCUUUAGCAUCUCCACUCCUGAUGAGCCCGGGAGGGUUCCCAGAAAGAGGCCGGACCCCCACAGACGGUAUCAGAUCGCCAGUGGUUCGCUCACGGGCCGCCUCCGCAAGAAGCGUCACACCGAAGCGAGCUCCGCUUGGGCCGACCCCGCCAACGACCGAAGGACAAGGCAAUCCUGCUUUGGCACCUGUACGCGAACUUGCGUUGCGCAAAGAUUUUAGUGACGACACUGAGAGUUCGGCCGCCGUGCCGAUUUCAUCCUUCGCACAGCAUCGUCGACAGCGCUCCCUGUCGCGGGAGCCCUCAUCCUUACGCAAUUCCCAACAGCUGGACACGUCUCCCGACUCAAAUAACUUCAGCCACACCACUGUCCCCUAUCACCCCCUAGAGACCUUGAAAGAGGUUGCUUCUGCAGCCAAUACACCUGUCUGGCCGCUUACAGCUCUGAAAGUUGAUAAGCACGACGCGAUCGAUGAUGGCCGGCUGCCUCUCGAUUUGGAGAAGAGGUUACCGACUUUACCAAAUACACCGUCCUCGGCGUAUCCGCCAAGUGCGGUAGAAGAAGAUGUUCAAGGUGGUGAACCAGAAGACAUUGCGAAUCUCCGAAGCCAUUUCUCCUGCACGACCGUGGACACUGAACCACGUACGGACAGUUACAUCCGUAACGACAACAGCCAUUUCUCAGACUGGACAGAUGCACCAACGCGGUUUUCACCACAAUCAGAGUAUGCCUCGAGCAUUGUCGAUUUCGAGCCAAUCAGUCCACCGCCCGGGCUGACAUUACACUUUCAGCUCGACAGCCAGGAAGAUCCGCAGGAGUCGGAGCGUCAUGGGUACGGCUUUCUCAAACAAGAUGGUCUCCCAUCAGCCUCAAGUUUCUCGACUGUCAGCUCGAUCGCUUCUUCCACAGCCCCGGCUUCGCAAGACAACGUUAGCAGCGCCAAAAGUGCACAUUUCUCCUGGAGCAAAUUCCAACAUUACAGCUUGCCAACCGAAGAAGCCGGUUCGGGCAACACGCUUAAGCCGACAUCGGCUGUCGAUCAUGUCGACCCUCUUGUUGUGAAUGAUCAUGCUGCAGGUGUCUACCAACCUCAAGUAAGUGGGGUUCAAGAGGUCUCUGUUCCUCAUUCCAGCAGCAUGCAGCAACUUCUUGACGAAUUGAGUUAUCUUGGCGAUAUGAUUCAACAGCAUUAG